AUGACUGCUCGAUCAACAAUCAAUGGUGGGCCUGUGCUUCAACAACCAACAGGAUCAUCGUCCUCUUCUUCUUCAUCGUCAACAAACAAUUUCAGAGUACCUAGAACAAAAGGGUUGAAUAGACCUGCUACUUGGUUCACUGGUUCGUCAUUCGGUAAAUCAUCUACGUCUUCAAAUUCUUCUUCCUCUUCAUCUUCUUCUGCUGGCGGAGGUUCUUCAAAUUCAAUAGAAACAAUUCGAGUCAACAAUAACAACAACAGUAACGUUGGCAACAGUCCCAUGAAUAAUCCAUUUUCAGUUUCGCAUACACACUCAACUUUCAAAUCUCCUUUCCCUUCAUCAAAAGGUAAACAUAAAUUAUCACCUUCACCUUCACCAUCAAAUAAGCAACAAGACGAAGACUUCGUAAUGAUCUCUCCGGUACGCAAUACAUUUGGUUUAGGUGUCAACCUUCAUCCACACUCAAUGGGGAUGGGAUCCUCCCCUUCAGCUUCUCCUUCACGCCUCGCAUAUCUACAAACGAGUUCAAUGAUGAGGGAUGAAUCCGCAUCAUCUUCUUCACCAUUGGAUGAAAGUCCAACACCUGCAUGUGGAAUGGCUAGUGCAACUGCAAGAUUGAAGUUGGCGGAUGACGACUCUCCCAUAAGAAAGGUGCCGGGACAAAGUAGAAGUUUAGCUAGAGCCGGAAAAGGUAAAGAAGAUCCUAGAAGUGUGUUUUUAUCUGCUGAGAAGGAAAGAAGAGCAGCUGGAGAUCAUUCAAGUCCCUUGAAAUUUACUACAAGUCACAUGAUGACACAGGAAGAUGAUGAAGAAUCACCACAUCUUCCACCUACACCCGUAAUGAGUCACGGAUUGCCCAUCCCGCCACCUCAACCGCUUUUCCCACCAAUGAGAACGUCACAAUCUCAAGAUGGGACUUCUUCCGGCUCUUUGUUCUCCGGUCACGCUUCAAAGACAGCAGGAGAUCCAUCCAGGAUACCGAGAUUGUCAACGUCACAUCCUCUCCGUGCAAGAGCUGGAACCGAUGCGGAAAGACCGACUUUGGGAUCAAUAACAAAGAAAGCUAUUUCACUGGAUCAAAUACCAACGAGUGGAAGUGAUAAAGAUGAAUUGUUCGGUAUUAAUUCGCAUAUAAAUGUAAGGAAGACAAGAACUGCAUCAUCUUUCGGUUCAUCUGGCAUGUCCGGUCUACCUUCCUCUUCUUCGUCAUCUUCUUCAAAUGGUCGAGCGCAUAAACGGAUCAAUUCUGGUGAAGGUCUUCCUCACGCUGCCAACAGCGCUUCCUUAUCCCGAUCUUUCGGUGCCAAAUCAUUAGCUUUAUCUCUUACCCCGAAUCUUGGUCCCUUACCUGAUUUCAGUUAUUCAAAUUCUUCUCUAUCAUCGCUUUCAACCGCGAAUCUCACACCACCUGCUUCAGCUUUCUCACCUGCCGAACCACCCAUUUUCGAAGAUGUCAAACCACUUCAAGAAGUUUUCGAUCAACCUCAUAACACAGUUAGCAGAAAAUUCAAACCUCGAGAUUCAGGAGUUUCGAUGGGUGAUGCAGAUGACGAGAGACCGAAACCCAAACUAGUCAUUCCUCCUCAAUCUGUUAUGAAGCCCCCACCAUCGGGUCGACCUCGACGUCCUGCCAUGUUGAAAAGGACUUCAUCAAUGGGCGAUGAAAGAUCGAAUAUGGAUGUGGAAACUCCCGGCGUCGGACCCAUGAUGGUCAGUGGCUGGCCGGGAAAAGCCACUGGCUUUGAUUUUUUAGGUGAAAGUGGGGUUGGCUUAGGUUUAGGUCAAAAUGGGAAUGAAGCUAAACUAUCCAUGCCUGAUACACCGGUGAAGAAGUAUGCGUUUACCCAUUCAACUGCACCAAGAGGCAUUGGACAUUCUACUUCUCAACCGACAUUGGGUUCAGCGGAAUUUGAUUCAGAUGGAACUGCAGCUCCUCUGGAAGAAUCAACGAAACCCAAUAUCCCUACUCGAUCAAAACUCAUGCCACCACCAUCAACCAAGAAACUGCCUCCACCUUCUGUGAUGAAAAAGCGUCCUGGUUCAUUUGGUGUGCCUCAUCUCACUCUCACUUCCACUUCAUCCCCUGAACACGCUGGAUCGCCCAUAGACACGGAUGAUGCAGCUUCCAGUCCCACCGUGAGAAUUGGAGGUGCUGCGGCCCAGGCUUCUGCACAAGCUCAAGGACUAAAACCUCUGACGCUCGGUGGAGGAACAGGAAAAGUCACCAGGAUCGGGUUGUUAAGGAGGUUGAGUAACGGCCUUACGUCUGAGAGCGAGGAUGAAGGAACUCCCACAAAAGACCACGGUGAUAGAGCUGCGCUGGCCGCCGCUCGAUUAGAUAUGAUCACACCUACACCAAGUCCCAAAAUCUCCUCCGCAAUGGUUUUACCGAAUGCUUCCUAUUCUAAACCCCCUUCUGCUUUCUCCAAUGCUUCCUCGUCAGGUUCAGGAAUCAUGCCUCGACUUUCAUUACCCGCUCUCCCACCUUCCAAACCACAUCAACAGAGAACACUACAUCACCGACAAUCACAUCCUGCGACAGGAACGAUUCAACCUCCCGAAGAAGACCUUUUUGACAAACGAUUCAUUACCCUUGAUACUCUAGGUAAAGGUGCUUUUUCAACCGUUAUCAAAGUUCAGGAUAGGCAUGGAGAAGGUUUAUGGGCUGUCAAGAAAGCAAGAGGUGUUUUCGAUGGUGUCAAGGAUAGACUACGACACUUGGAAGAAGUUGAUAUCCUUCGACACCUUUCGAAAACCCCGUGUGCACACGUGAUCAGGUUUGAAGAUGCUUGGGAACAAAACAGACAACUGUUUAUCCAAACUGAACUCUGUCUCGGAUCUCUUGCUUUCUUCUUGGAAGAAUAUGGUCGAGUUGUGGAAAGACUAGACGAAGGUCGUGUCUGGAAGAUCAUCAGGGAGUUGAGUGAUGGAAUCGACCAUAUACACUCCAACGGCGUGAUUCACUUUGACAUCAAACCAGCUAAUAUCCUGAUUUCCGGUACUGGUUCUCUCAAGAUUGGUGAUUUCGGUUUAGCAACUCGAUAUCCUCGAAUCGAGCCCGAUGAGAUUCUCAAGGGAUCAGGAUUGGAUGCAGGAAAUAUGGGAAGCAAUAUCUUGACCAGUGGUAAACCUGGUAAAUUAGAAAGAGAAGGUGAUAGAGUUUACAUGCCACCUGAAAUGCUUAAUGGUAUAUUUGUCAUGGCAGCGGAUAUCUUCUCGUUUGGAUUGGUGAUUUUGGAAGUUUCGACCAAUAUCUGCGUACCAGAUGGAGGAUUACCUUGGCAAGCUUUACGAUCGAAUGAUUUCUCAGUGGUCGAUUUGUCACCUCUAUCACCUGCUUUAUGCGAUUUGAUCACACAAUGCAUGUCGGCAGAGCCCAAUCUUCGACCAACAAUCGAACAUGUCAUCAAUCAUCCGAUAGUUCAAAGAGCCAAGAAUGGAACUACAAAAGCAGCUCUGGCACCAGAAGAUAAAAACUGGUUGGUUGAUGUGUUAGCUGGAGGUGGAUUCGAUCUACCCGCAAAUUCGAUAUUUAAUCAACUCGAGAAUACAGAUGUAGAGAUGGUAGAGGAGUGA